GUCUGCGAUUGAGUUGUCCUUUGCAGUUCUUCCUGCAUUUUAUACGGCACAACUCACACAACUUUACGAUCUGUCAGUGUGUUUGUUCUCGCUUAGAAAAUUAGCAUCCUCAAUUUCGUCGAACAUCAUUCGUAGCGCAACGAAACGAGGAUGUUGCAGCUUUCUAUUCAACGAGUGAGGAACUUGAACUUUCUGAGGCCUCAGAUCUCUGCUUUGGGGCGUUCCCAUUUUGCAACAGCUGCUGAACCAUCUUCCAGUAAGCGCAAUCCCUCUAGGGUUCCGAAUCUUAUUGGGGGCAGUUUUGUUGACUCAAAAUCAUCAACUUUCAUUGAUGUUAUAAACCCAGCAACCCAAGAAGUUGUUUCACAGGUUCCUUUGACUACAAAUGAAGAGUUUAAAGCUGCUGUAUCUGCAGCAAAGAAGGCAUUUCCAUCAUGGCGUAACACUCCAAUUACAACUCGGCAACGUGUUAUGUUGAAGCUCCAAGAGCUUAUACGCAGAGAUAUGGAUAAACUUGCUCUGAAUGUGACCACUGAACAAGGAAAGACAUUAAAGGAUGCACAAGGAGACGUAUUUCGUGGUUUAGAGGUGGUGGAACAUGCUUGUGGGAUGGCAACACUACAAAUGGGAGAGUAUGUUUCCAAUGUAUCACAUGGAAUUGAUAGUUACAGCAUUCGAGAACCGCUUGGUGUUUGUGCUGGGAUUUGUCCUUUCAAUUUUCCUGCAAUGAUUCCCCUGUGGAUGUUCCCUAUGGCUGUUACCUGUGGCAAUACCUUUGUUCUAAAACCAUCAGAGAAAGACCCAGGUGCUUCUGUAAUGCUUGCAGAAUUGGCAUUGGAGGCUGGUUUGCCUGAGUGUGUCUUAAAUAUAGUUCAUGGAACCCAUGAUAUUGUGAAUGCUAUUUGUGAUGACGACGACAUCAAGGCCAUAUCUUUUGUUGGUUCGAAUGUUGCUGGAAUGCACAUAUAUUCAAGAGCAGCAGCUAAAGGGAAACGCGUUCAGUCUAAUAUGGGGGCCAAAAAUCAUGCAAUUGUCAUGCCAGAUGCCAAUGUUGAUGCUACUGUAAAUGCUUUAGUUGCUGCUGGUUUUGGUGCUGCUGGCCAAAGGUGCAUGGCUCUCAGCACAGUUGUUUUUGUUGGUGGCUCACAGACAUGGGAAGCUAAACUUAUAGAGCGUGCCAAAGCUCUUAAAGUAAAUGCAGGAACUGAACCUGAUACAGACCUUGGUCCAGUCAUCAGCAAGCAGGCAAAGGAGCGAAUACACAGAUUAGUUCAAUCUGGGGUUGAAAGUGGUGCCAAACUGCUGCUUGAUGGAAGAAAUAUAGUGGUCCCAGGUUAUGAAUCUGGCAAUUUUAUUGGCCCAACCAUCUUAUCAGAUGUCACUGCCAACAUGGAAUGCUACGAGGAGGAAAUUUUUGGCCCUGUUCUUCUUUUCAUGGAGGCUGAUAGCUUGGAAGAGGCCAUAAACAUCAUCAACAAAAACAAGUACGGAAAUGGCGCUUCUAUAUUUACUACAUCUGGGGUUGCUGCUAGGAAAUUUCAGACUGAGAUUGAAGCUGGGCAGGUUGGCAUCAAUGUUCCCAUUCCAGUUCCUUUGCCCUUCUUCUCAUUUACAGGCAACAAGGCAUCAUUUGCUGGCGAUCUCAAUUUCUAUGGCAAGGCUGGGGUUAACUUCUAUACACAGAUGAAAACAAUAACUCAACAAUGGAAGGAUUCAACUGGUGGCAGCAAGAUUAACAUGGCAAUGCCAACCUCUCAAAAAUCUUGAUAGCCAGAGCGUGUGAUGUAUAUUGUUUCUGAAACCUUUGCACUCUUUUAAAAAAUAAAAUAAAAUGCAUUUUCCUU